GCCAACCCAACAGGAAGUCGAGGUUGAGGAUGGCUGUGUUGUCGAAAGGCCUGUAGCCGGGGUCCCUGACCGGAUUCCGGUCUGUCUGCCCUGCUGGUUCCGGCCACUAUCCGGGGCAGGCGUACUCUGGGCGAGACAACGGCCGCUACUCUCUCCUUGCCGCCAUGCACGACGCCUUCGAGCAGGUUCCGAUCCUAGAAAAGCUGCCUCUGCAAAUCGACUGUCUGGCUGCCUGGGAGGAAUGGCUUCUUGUUGGAACCAAACAAGGACAUCUUCUUCUCUAUAGGAUUCGGAAGGAUGUUGGUUGCAACAGGUUUGAAGUGACCCUAGAGAAAUCCAAUAAGAACUUCUCCAAAAAGAUUCAGCAGAUCCAUGUGGUUUCCCAGUUUAAGAUUUUGGUCAGCCUGUUAGAAAAUAAUAUUUAUGUCCAUGACCUGUUGACCUUUCAACAAAUCACUACAGUGUCAAAGGCAAAGGGAGCAUCACUGUUCACGUGUGACCUCCAGCACACAGAGACAGGAGAGGAGGUGUUGCGGAUGUGCGUUGCUGUGAAGAAGAAGCUGCAGCUCUAUUUCUGGAAGGACAGGGAAUUCCAUGAAUUGCAGGGGGACUUCAGUGUACCAGAUGUGCCCAAGUCCAUGGCAUGGUGCGAAAAUUCUAUCUGUGUGGGUUUUAAGAGAGACUACUACCUAAUAAGGGUGGAUGGAAAGGGGUCCAUCAAAGAGCUCUUCCCAACAGGAAAACAGCUGGAGCCCUUAGUUGCACCUCUGGCAGAUGGAAAAGUGGCUGUGGGUCAGGAUGAUCUCACUGUGGUGCUCAACGAGGAGGGGAUCUGCACGCAGAAAUGUGCCCUCAACUGGACAGACAUUCCCGUGGCCAUGGAACACCAGCCCCCAUAUAUCAUCGCAGUGCUGCCUCGAUAUGUGGAGAUCCGAACACUCGAGCCGAGACUUCUGGUCCAGAGCAUUGAACUGCAGAGACCCCGUUUCAUUACCUCUGGAGGAUCAAACAUUAUCUACGUGGCCAGCAAUCAUUUUGUUUGGAGGCUCAUUCCUGUUCCCAUGGCAACCCAGAUCCAACAACUUCUCCAGGACAAGCAGUUUGAACUGGCUCUGCAGCUUGCAGAAAUGAAAGAUGAUUCUGACAGUGAAAAGCAGCAACAAAUCCAUCAUAUCAAGAACUUGUAUGCCUUCAACCUCUUCUGCCAGAAGCGUUUUGAUGAGUCCAUGCAGGUCUUUGCUAAACUUGGCACAGAUCCCACCCAUGUGAUGGGCCUGUACCCCGACCUGCUGCCCACAGACUACAGGAAGCAGUUGCAGUACCCUAACCCAUUGCCUGUGCUCUCCGGGGCUGAACUGGAGAAGGCUCACUUAGCUCUGAUUGACUACCUGACGCAGAAACGAAGUCAGCUGGUGAAGAAGCUGAACGAUUCUGACCACCAGUCUAGCACCUCCCCACUCAUGGAAGGCACUCCCACCAUCAAGUCCAAGAAGAAGCUGCUGCAGAUCAUUGAUACCACCCUGCUCAAGUGCUACCUCCACACCAAUGUGGCGCUGGUGGCCCCCUUGCUGCGGCUAGAGAACAACCACUGCCACAUCGAGGAGAGCGAGCACGUGCUGAAGAAGGCUCACAAGUACAGUGAGCUCAUCAUCCUGUAUGAGAAGAAGGGGCUGCAUGAGAAAGCUCUACAGGUGCUGGUGGACCAGUCCAAGAAGGCCAAUUCCCCCCUGAAAGGCCACGAGAGGACAGUGCAAUAUCUGCAGCACCUGGGCACAGAAAACAUGCAUCUGAUUUUUUCCUACUCUGUGUGGGUGCUGAGGGACUUCCCAGAAGAUGGCCUGAAGAUAUUUACCGAAGAUCUCCCAGAGGUGGAGUCUCUGCCACGAGAUCGAGUACUCGGCUUCUUGAUAGAGAAUUUUAAGGGUCUGGCUAUUCCUUAUCUGGAACACAUCAUCCACGUUUGGGAGGAGACAGGCUCUCGCUUCCACAACUGCCUGAUCCAGCUGUACUGUGAGAAGGUGCAAGGCCUGAUGAAGGAGUAUCUCCUGUCCUUCCCCGCAGGCAAAACCCCAGUCCCUGCUGGAGAGGAAGAGGGGGAGCUGGGAGAAUACCGACAGAAGCUCCUUAUGUUCCUGGAGAUCUCUAGCUACUAUGACCCAGGCCGGCUCAUCUGUGAUUUUCCUUUUGAUGGCCUAUUGGAAGAACGAGCUCUCCUGUUGGGGCGCAUGGGGAAACAUGAACAAGCUCUCUUCAUCUAUGUCCACAUCUUGAAGGAUACGAGGAUGGCCGAGGAGUACUGCCACAAACACUAUGACCAAAUCAAAGAUGGCAACAAAGAUGUGUAUCUGUCCCUCCUUCGGAUGUACCUGUCGCCCCCCAGCAUUCACUGCCUGGGGCCAAUCAAGCUGGAACUGCUGGAGCCACAGGCCAACCUCCAGGCCGCCCUGCAGGUCCUUGAGCUACACCACAGCAAACUGGACACCACCAAGGCCAUCAACCUCCUGCCAGCAAACACUCAGAUCAAUGACAUACGCAUCUUUCUGGAAAAGGUCUUGGAAGAAAAUGCACAAAGAAAACGGUUUAAUCAAGUGCUCAAGAACCUUCUCCAUGCAGAGUUCUUGAGGGUCCAAGAAGAGCGGAUUUUACACCAGCAGGUGAAGUGCAUCAUCACGGAGGAGAAGGUGUGCAUGGUGUGUAAGAAGAAGAUUGGGAACAGUGCGUUUGCAAGAUACCCCAAUGGAGUGGUCGUGCACUACUUCUGUUCCAAAGAGGUGAACUCAGCUGACACCUGAGCCCAGCUUGCAAGGAUUCAGCAGGUGGACAGCUCAGCUACCCCAGAGAGGAGAGGAGCAGCGGCUGUAGGAGUCGAGGCCCCACCACCAGGGGUCGCUCCAUUCGGACGCUGCUGGCUGCCUUGCGCUCUGGAACAACUCUGAAUGAAUCAGACUUGUGUCUGGCAUUGCCAGCUUUUUCAUAGAAAAAGAGCUUAGUUCUACCUUGUACCGUUAUGUUGUGGGCAGUUCCAGAGAGUUUAAUACUGCCCAGACAGGAGCACUGCACCGCCUUGCCUUUGCAAACCAAUCUCCUGAAUAAGGAAACUAUCUCAAGUGUUUGUAACCAUGGGCUUGUUUGUUGAGAAUUUUCUAUUAAGAUAAGUGCACGACUUCACAGGGAUCCCUCUACGUGGCUGACUGGAGCGGGCCUUGAAAGGACAACACUAGAGCUACUGCAGCCACGGCGACCACACGGCUUGCUGAGUGUGUAAUGCCAGUCACGUCUCCACAGUAGACACACGGGACGAGUGUUCCCACGUGCUGUCUUCCUUGGGGUUUUUGAGAAUUUGUAAUGUUUCCUCUUUGUCUUUAAUGGCAGUGGGAGUAGGUGACAGGACACACCACUGACACUGUUUAAGUGGCUUGUCCCUGACAUCCGUGGUCCUCAGUAGCCUCCCUGCUCACCUCUUUCGUUUCCCACCUCCUUUUCUUUCUCAGGAUUUUUUUUCCCUUUAUCUCUGCCCUCGCCGUCCUAUCCGGGCUUUCUCUCUUUUUGGACACUAGGGAUAAAUAAUAUUUAAACAAGGGUCCUUGAAUUAAACAGGAAGUUUCCGUUUCCAGGAA